GAUUUUAAUGUUUCUGUUUGUUUUUGUUUUCUCGUCACCAUGACGACAAAGUUUCACCAGGAGCAACCUGACACAGGUGAGUCUCCACAGAGCCGACGAUGAAGUCCGGACCAGAACCAGAACCCUCUGUUACUGAGGCGUGGACAUGAGCAGUCUGAUGGACCAGAGCUCGGCCCACUGUGGCUGUCGCUGUCAAAGUAAAGCAAAGACCUCCAAACCGAGACAUCUGCAUCAGAGCACCCUGAACCUGGGGGACACGGCACCAAGCUACUCCACCACCCACAACCAGAGUUAUUCUGGAAGGUCGGCCGACGGACGUCCUCUCCUCUUCCACCUGAGAGAUCCCAGCUUCCCCUCGCAGCACCGGACCCGGCUGGACCUCAGUACCGACACCACAGCGCUGCCGUGUGCGCUGCAGUCACACACUACAGAGGUGCACAGUGCCAAACACAUCACACCGAGGAUGGACCCGAAGGUGGAAAACUGGGCCCGGUAUCGCAGCGGCCGGGCCGUCAGAGAGGUCACCAACCCGCAGGAUCCAUCAGAGUACUGGACCACCUACCAAACGGAGCUCAGGGUCCCAGUAAGCGACCGCUCGCCACCGCUGGCAGGCGGCAGACCAACACAGUGGCACCAACACAACAUACUGACAGGUGAACAGAGGCCGAUGGUUGGUCCAGGGAAGCCCAGCAGACGGUCCAGGGACAAGCUGCUGUGGGCGGCGAGGCGCUGGGAGACGGACUACUCUGCACUCAGACUCUACUGACGCACAUCACAACAAUCACACUGCAACGCUUCAAUAUUAAUGAUCACUGCUGUCUGGUUUGAUGUUUUACUUCGACUGAUUCCCCCUCUGCAGAUUACAGAGAAUAUUCAGUGUCAGCAGACGUCUGACUCUAUGAACUGAAGUAAAAACUGGGAACAGGCCUGGAGGGAAACCACAGGGAGUCUCAGUCACAUAAGAUAUGCAGCAAGAUAUUUUAAGAUCAGUCUGAAGGAGGCAAACAACGUAUGGAGGAAGAAAAAAAGAUCUGUAAGACAUUAUAAUGAUAGACUUACAAAAAAUAAAGACUUAUGUGAAACUAUUGAGAAACUUUCUCAGGAUUUUAAUUUAAAUACACUCAAAAUAACAACAUUGUGAUACUAAGUCAUUAUUUUUUAUAAAGUUUCUCAUUUAAUGUCUUAAGAGAAUCUAGAAAAGGGCUUCCAUAAAUACCAGAGAGACCACAGAGCGGCUUUAAUUGGUAGACUAAGUCCCAUGAAACUGGUAAAAAUAUCCAUUGUUUAUGUUCUCACACUGGAACACAGAGAGAAAUUAAAUCAAUAAGUGUGACGACGUUACAGCUUUUA